AUGUCCGGACAUCCGCAGGGAGGCCACUACGACGACGGCUACGGCCAGACUCAAGGGCACGCCCAGGGCCAGCAGGGCCAGGACGCCUACUACCACGACGACCAGUACAGCCAGUACCACGACGAUGCGCACGGCGCCCAGUACCAGCAACAGGGCCAACAUGGUGAUGCUUACUACGACGAACAAGGUUACUAUGAUGGCCAGCAACAGGGUGGCCACUAUCAACAAAACGGCUACUAUGACGACCGAGGCCAGCAAGGUUACCAGGACGAGUAUUACAACGACCAGUACUACGACCAGGGUGGUGCGCAAGACGGCUAUGCCGCCAACGGCCAACAGCCUCGCCGCCGUCAACACGACUCCGAGGAGGACUCCGAGACCUUCAGCGACUUCACCAUGCGUUCCGACAUGGCCCGCGCCACGGACAUGGACUACUACGGUCGCGGCGACGAGAGGUAUAACAGCUACGCCGAGGGCAACCGCGGCUACCGCCCUCCUUCGUCUCAGGUGUCAUACGGUGGUAACCGCUCUUCUGGUGCUUCAACUCCUAUAUACGGCAUGGACUACUCGAACGCCCUUCCUGCUGGGCAAAGGUCUCGCGAGCCGUACCCAGCUUGGACUGCUGAGGCUCAGAUUCCUUGCACAAAGGAGGAGAUCGAGGAUAUCUUCCUGGACUUGACCGCUAAGUUCGGCUUCCAGCGUGACAGCAUGCGCAACAUGUACGAUCAUUUCAUGACUCUGCUCGAUUCGCGUGCCUCCCGCAUGUCGCCAAACCAGGCUCUUCUGUCUCUCCAUGCCGAUUACAUCGGUGGAGAAAAUGCCAACUACCGCAGGUGGUACUUUGCCGCCCAUCUGGACCUGGAUGAUGCUGUUGGCUUUGCCAACAUGAACCUUGGAAAAGCUAGCCGCAGGACCCGCAAGGCCCGCAAGGCCGCUAAGAAGAAGGCCAGCGAGAACCCAGGCAACGAGCAGGAAACUCUUGACGCUUACGAGGGUGACAACAGUCUGGAGGCAGCUGAAUACCGCUGGAAGACGCGCAUGAACCGCAUGUCUCAACAUGAUCGCGUGCGUCAGGUUGCUCUCUACCUGCUCUGCUGGGGAGAAGCCAACCAGGUCCGUUUCAUGCCUGAACUUAUGUGCUUCAUCUUCAAGUGUGCCGACGACUGGCUAAACUCGCCUGCCGGACAAGCCCAAACCGAGCCAAUCGAGGAAUUCACAUACCUCAACCAAGUCAUCACGCCGCUGUACCAGUACUGCCGUGACCAAGGUUACGAGAUCCAAGAUGGCAAGUACGUUCGACGUGAACGCGAUCACGCAGCCAUUAUCGGAUACGACGACAUGAACCAGCUUUUCUGGUACCCCGAGGGUCUCGAACGCAUCGUUUUCGAGGACAAGUCUCGCCUCGUCGACAUCCCACCCGCUGAGCGUUACCUCAAGCUGAAGGAUGUCUUGUGGAAGAAGGUUUUCUUCAAGACUUACUACGAGCGUCGUUCAUGGUUCCACAUGGUGAUCAACUUCAACCGUAUUUGGGUCAUUCACUUGACUUCUUUCUGGUUCUACACGGCAUACAACUCGCAGCCUCUUUACACCAAGAAUUACCAGCAACAGCUAGACCAGAAGCCCGAAAAGGCUGCUACUCUUUCUGCUGUCGCUCUUGGUGGUACCAUCGCGGCCUUCAUCCAGAUCUUCGCCACCAUCUGUGAAUGGUGCUACGUCCCUCGCCGAUGGGCUGGUGCUCAGCACUUGACCAAGCGCCUCUUGUUCCUGAUUGCGGUUUUCGUCGUCAACAUUGCUCCAAGUGUCUACAUCUUUGGUCUGGACAAGCGCACUGGUACCAUCGCCAACGUACUUGGUGGUGUUCAGUUCGCCAUUGCCUUGGUCACCUUCAUCUUCUUCUCCCUCAUGCCCAUCGGCGGCCUGUUCGGUAGCUACUUGACACGCAACUCUCGCAAGUAUGUCGCCAGUCAGACGUUCACCGCCAGCUACCCUCGUCUCAACGGAAACGACAAGUGGAUGUCAUACGGCCUGUGGGUCUUGGUCUUUGCUGCCAAGCUCGCUGAGUCCUACUUCUUCUUGACUCUGUCGAUCAAGGACCCAAUUCGUAUUCUUUCUCACAUGAAGAAGCCUGACUGUCUGGGAGAUGCUAUCAUCGGCAACAUUCUUUGCAAGUACCAGCCCAGAAUCCUGCUCGGUCUCAUGUACUUCAUGGACUUGAUCUUGUUCUUCUUGGAUUCCUACCUCUGGUACAUCAUUGCAAACAUGUUGUUCUCGGUCUCUCGAUCGUUCUACCUCGGUGUUUCCAUCUGGACGCCAUGGAGGAACAUCUUCUCCCGUUUGCCCAAGCGUAUCUACUCGAAGGUUCUUGCCACUACCGAUAUGGAGAUCAAGUACAAGCCCAAGGUUCUCAUCUCGCAAAUCUGGAAUGCCGUGGUCAUCUCUAUGUACCGUGAGCAUCUCCUUGCGAUCGACCACGUUCAGAAGCUCCUCUAUCACCAGGUUCCCUCUGAGCAGGAGGGCAAGCGCACCCUGCGCGCUCCUACCUUCUUUGUGUCCCAGGAAGAUCACUCCUUCAAGACCGAGUUCUUCCCUGCUCAGAGCGAGGCCGAGCGUCGUAUCUCUUUCUUCGCUCAGUCCUUGUCAACUCCCAUCCCUGAGCCUCUCCCCGUGGACAACAUGCCGACAUUCACUGUCUUGAUUCCUCACUACGGUGAAAAGAUCCUUUUGUCACUCCGUGAAAUUAUUCGCGAGGAUGAGCCAUACUCCCGUGUCACUCUCCUUGAGUACCUCAAACAGCUGCAUCCUCAUGAGUGGGACUGCUUCGUCAAGGACACCAAGAUUCUCGCCGAUGAGACAUCUCAAUUCAACGGUGACGACGAGAAGGGCGAGAAGGAUACCGCUAAGAGCAAGAUUGACGAUCUUCCUUUCUACUGCAUUGGUUUCAAGUCGGCCGCUCCUGAGUACACCCUUCGCACUCGUAUCUGGGCUUCCCUCCGCUCGCAAACACUUUACCGUACCAUCUCUGGUUUCAUGAACUACAGUCGUGCCAUCAAGCUUCUCUACCGUGUCGAGAACCCUGAGGUCGUCCAGAUGUUCGGUGGCAACUCUGACAAGCUCGAGCGUGAACUUGAGCGCAUGGCUAGGCGCAAGUACAAGAUCUGCGUGUCUAUGCAGCGUUACGCCAAGUUCAACACCGAGGAGCGUGAGAACACUGAGUUCCUUCUCCGUGCGUACCCCGACCUCCAAAUUGCCUACCUGGACGAAGAGCCUCCGGAGAACGAGGGCGAGGAGCCCCGCAUCUACUCUGCUCUUAUCGACGGUCACUCUGAGAUCAUGGACAACGGCAUGCGUCGUCCCAAGUUCCGCAUUCAACUCUCUGGUAACCCCAUUCUUGGUGACGGAAAGUCCGACAACCAGAACCACUCCAUCAUCUUCUACCGUGGAGAAUACAUCCAGCUUAUCGACGCCAACCAGGACAACUACCUCGAGGAGUGCCUCAAGAUUCGCAGCGUUCUCGCUGAGUUCGAAGAGAUGACCACUGAUAACGUCUCCCCAUACACCCCUGGCCUUCCUAGCACCAAGUUCAACCCUGUCGCCAUUCUCGGAGCCCGUGAAUACAUUUUCUCCGAGAACAUUGGUAUCCUUGGUGACAUCGCUGCCGGAAAGGAACAGACAUUCGGUACUAUGUUCGCUCGUACAUUGGCUCAGAUUGGUGGCAAGCUCCAUUACGGUCAUCCCGAUUUCCUCAACGGUAUCUUCAUGACUACUCGUGGUGGAGUGUCCAAGGCUCAAAAGGGUCUUCAUCUCAACGAGGAUAUUUACGCUGGUAUGAACGCUCUCCUUCGUGGUGGUCGCAUAAAGCAUUGCGAAUACUACCAGUGUGGUAAGGGUCGUGAUUUGGGUUUCGGUUCCGUUCUCAACUUCACCACCAAGAUUGGUACUGGUAUGGGAGAGCAGAUGUUGUCUCGCGAGUACUACUACAUGGGUACUCAACUUCCUCUCGACCGCUUCCUGUCCUUCUACUACGCCCAUCCUGGUUUCCACAUCAACAACAUGUUCAUUAUGUUGUCGGUCCAGUGCUUCAUGUUCGUCCUCCUCAAUCUCGGAGCGCUCAACCACGAGACCAUUCUCUGCCAGUUCAACAAGGAUAUCCCCAUCACCGAUCCUCAAUGGCCCAACGGCUGUGCCAACUUGGUUCCCGUGUUCGACUGGGUCUCGCGUUGUAUCGUCUCCAUCUUCAUCGUCUUCUUCAUCUCUUUCGUGCCGCUCGUGGUUCAAGAGUUGACUGAGCGAGGAUUUUGGCGUGCCGCGACUCGUCUCGCCAAGCACUUCUCCUCUGGAUCGCCCUUCUUCGAAGUUUUUGUCACCCAGAUCUACUCCAACGCUCUCCACACCAACUUGUCAUAUGGUGGUGCUCGUUACAUCGGUACCGGCCGUGGUUUCGCAACUGCUCGCAUUCCCUUCGGUAUCCUGUUCUCGCGAUUCGCUGGUCCUUCGAUCUACAUUGGUGCCCGCUCCUUGAUGAUGUUGCUGUUCGCCACCAUUACUGUCUGGGGACCAUGGCUCAUCUACUUCUGGGCGUCCCUGAUGUCCUUGUGCCUGGCACCGUUCCUUUUCAACCCCCACCAGUUCUCAUGGGACGACUUCUUCAUCGACUACAGGGAGUACCUUCGCUGGUUGUCUCGUGGCAACACUAGGUCCCACAGUGCCUCCUGGAUUGGUUACUGCCGUCUUUCUCGCACACGUAUCACUGGUUUCAAGCGCAAGAUUCUCGGCGACCCAUCAGCUAAACUCUCAGGCGAUGUCCCUCGUGCUCACUUCACCAACAUCUUCAUGAGUGAGAUCCUUGGACCUCUCGUUUUGGUCGCAAUCACUCUCAUCCCCUUCUUGUUCAUCAACGCCCAGACCGGUGUCAACGACAACCGUCACAAAGACGACGACACCGCCACUGGUGACCCCAAGAAGUCCGGUGCCCUCGUCCGUAUCGCAAUUAUUGCCUUCGGUCCUGUCGCUAUCAAUGCAGGUGUCUUGGGAGGCAUGUUUGCUUUGGCUUGUUGUGCGGGUCCCUUGCUCAGCAUGUGCUGCAAGAAGUUCGGAGCUGUCUUGGCUGCCAUUGCUCACGCUAUCGCUGUCCUUGUCCUCCUUAUCUUCUUCGUUGUGCUCAUGUUCCUCGAGGGCUUCAGCUUCCCCAGAGCUUUGUCUGGUAUGAUCGCUGUUGUCGCUAUCCAGCGAUUCGUGUUCAAGCUUAUCAUCACUCUUGCUCUCACUCGUGAGUUCAAGGCUGACACUGCCAACAUUGCCUGGUGGACAGGAAAGUGGUACACCAUGGGAUGGCACACGAUCUCUCAACCUGGUCGUGAGUUCCUCUGCAAGAUCACCGAGUUGGGCUUCUUCGCCGCAGACUUUAUCCUUGGUCACGUCCUUCUUUUCUUCAUGCUUCCGAUCUUGUUGAUUCCCUACGCCGACAAGGGCCACUCCAUGAUGUUGUUCUGGCUCCGUCCCAGUCGCCAGAUCCGUCCUCCCAUCUACUCGCUCAAGCAGACCAAGCUUCGCAAGCGUCGUGUCGUGCGCUACGCCAUCCUCUACUUUGUCCUGCUCGUCGUCUUCCUGGCUUUAAUCGUGGGUCCGAUCGUCGCCGGAAAGUACAUCAAGCUCUCCGUGACAUUGCCAAUGGAGAUCUUGCAGCCUACAGGCUUCAGCAACAACGACACUACCAACACUCCUACUGGCAAGUGUGUUGAUGAACGUCCUUGCCCUGUGUGGAACCCCGCUGUGGACGCAACUGGAGGUGGUGGUGCCGCCGCUUCGACCGACGAUGCCGCUCGUCGAUUCCGCCGGUACAUGGCAUACUAA